CGGCGGCGAUGCCGGACCCCGCGGCGCACCUGCCCUUCUUCUACGGCAGCAUCUCGCGCGCCGAGGCCGAGGAGCACCUGAAGCUGGCGGGCAUGGCCGACGGGCUGUUCCUGCUGCGCCAGUGCCUGCGCUCGCUGGGCGGCUACGUGCUGUCGCUGGUGCACGACCUGCGCUUCCACCACUUCCCCGUCGAGCGCCAGCUCAACGGCACUUACGCCAUCGCCGGCGGGAAGGCGCACUGCGGCCCGGCCGAGCUCUGCGAGUUCUACUCGCGCGACCCGGACGGGCUGCCCUGCAACCUGCGCAAGCCGUGCAACCGGCCGUCGGGCCUCGAGCCGCAGCCCGGGGUCUUCGACGGCCUGCGCGACGCCAUGGUGCGCGACUACGUGCGCCAGACGUGGAGGCUGGAGGGAGAUGCCCUGGAGCAGGCCAUCAUCAACCAGGCCCCCCAGGUGGAGAAGCUCAUCGCCACCACGGCCCACGAGCGGAUGCCCUGGUACCACAGCAGCCUGACACGCGAGGAGGCCGAGCGCAAACUCUAUUCCGGGGCGCAGACCGACGGCAGGUUCCUGCUGAGGCCCCGGAAGGAGAAGGGGACGUAUGCCCUGUCCCUCAUCUAUGGGAAAACGGUGUACCACUACCUCAUCAGCCAGGACAAGGCGGGCAAAUACUGCAUUCCUGAGGGGACCAAGUUUGACACGCUCUGGCAGCUGGUCGAAUAUCUGAAGCUGAAGGCCGAUGGGCUCAUCUAUUGCCUGAAGGAGCCCUGCCCCAACAGCAGUGCCAGCGCCGCCGCAGGGGCUGCCGCUCCCACUCUCCCAGCCCACCCAUCCACGUUCACCCACCCUCAGAGACGGAUCGACACCAUCAAUGCAGAUGGAUACACCCCUGAACCAGCACGCCCUACGGCCCCAGACAAACAGCGGCCGAUGCCCAUGGAUACGAGCGUGUACGAGAGCCCCUACAGCGACCCCGAGGAGCUCAAAGACAAGAAGCUCUUCCUGAAGCGCGAGAACCUCCUCAUAGCUGACAUUGAACUUGGCUGCGGCAACUUUGGCUCCGUGCGCCAGGGCGUCUACCGCAUGCGCAAGAAGCAGAUUGACGUGGCCAUCAAGGUGCUGAAGCAGAGCACGGAGAAGGCAGACAAGGAUGAGAUGAUGCGUAAGGUGCAGAUCAUGCACCAGCUGGACAACCCCUACAUUGUGCUACUCAUCAGCGUCUGCCAGGCCGAGGCCCUCAUGCUGGUCAUGGAGAUGGCUGGCGGGGGGCCCCUGCACAAGUUCCUGGUUGGAAAGAAGGAGGAGAUCCCCAUCAGCAACGUGGCGGAGCUGCUGCACCAGGUGUCCAUGGGCAUGAAGUACCUGGAGGAGAAGAACUUCGUGCACCGCGACCUGGCGGCCCGCAACGUCCUGCUGGUCAACCGGCACUACGCCAAGAUCAGCGACUUCGGCCUCUCCAAGGCGCUGGGUGCCGACGACAGCUACUACACCAAGAUGAAGGGGCCGGAGGUCAUGGCCUUCAUUGAGCAAGGCAAGCGGAUGGAGUGCCCGCCGGAGUGUCCGCCCGAAAUGUACACGCUCAUGAGCGACUGCUGGACCUACAAGUGGGAGGACCGUCCAGACUUCCUGACGGUGGAGCAGCGCAUGCGAGCCUGUUACUACAGCCUGGCCAGCAAGGCCGAAGGGACCCCGGGCUGUGGACAGGGCGCCGAGGCCACGAGUGCCUGAGCUCCAGCGCGCCCAGAGCUUACAGACCUCACGCUGGCUUUUUCCUCCUCCACCCUCAGCCCCACCCCAGGCCCUGAGGUCUGGCUGAG